AGGAAACCGAGGUGCCAAAGGAACAAGUAAGUCCAUUGAAACGUCCUUGCUUCUCUCUCCUCCAAAUCAAUGGGCACAAAGUGGGGCUGGUCUACCUGUGUGGGUUCUAUUCUCUAGAUUGGAGGGAUGAAGACAAGUUCUUGACUCUAUGUUGAGGCCAGUUGAAAAAUGAGGGAAAAUAAAACCAUGAAUGAAACAAGAAAGAAACGAAACAGAAGAAGAAUGAAAAAGACAUCAUGGUGUCAUCCAAGCCAACAAGCCAUGCUGGAGUAUAUGAAACCACACCCAACCCUUACUACCCACCAAGCAGCUUUACGGUUCCUGGAUCUCAACAGCCUCCGGGUUCAAUCAACUUAGAAAACCAAGCUCAGGGUGCUCAGAGUGCUCAGCCCUACUUCAUCACAUCUCCAGGAACCUCUGCUGUCAGUCAACCAGGUCAAGGAAAUAUACAAAUAAUAAAUCCAAGCGUGGGAAGAGCAGUAAUAAACUUUAAAGAAGAAGCAAAGGUACUAGGGGUAAUCCAGAUCAUGGUUGGAUUGAUGCACCUUGGUUUUGGAAUUAUUUUGUGUCUAAUAGUAUGCCCUUAUGGAACAGUACUCGGUUUUGCCUCUGCUGUUAUUAGUGGAUACCCAUUCUGGGGUGGCCUUUCUUUCAUUAUCUCAGGCUCUCUCUCUGUGUCAGCAUCCAAGGAGCUUUCCCCUUGUCUGGUGAAAGGCAGCCUGGGAAUGAACAUUGUUAGUUCUAUCUUUGCCUUCAUUGGAGUGAUUCUGCUGGUGGUGGAUAUGUGCAUCCAUGGGCCUUACCAACGGGUCUAUUCUAGACAAGGCAUUUCAGCCAUGCUGAUGAUCUUCUCCCUCCUGGAGGUCUGCACAGCUUGUGUCACAGCUUAUUUUGCCAACCAAGCAGACACCACGACCAACAUGCCUGUCCUGGUUAUUCCAAAUAUGUAUGAAAACAACCCUGUGACACCAGCGUCUUCUUCAGCGCCUCCCAGAUGCAACAACUACUGUAACUAA